AUGUUCGCAGCCAAAUAUCUCCGCGCUCUUCGCCAGCCCCUCCGUCACUCGCGAUGGCAAAGCGCGCUCGUGAACGAACCAGUCGCGCCGAUUCCCACGCCAGCGAUGCGUAAGUUGGCGUUCAAGGACACACUGGAGAAAGCUCGGAAGCGUGCGAUGGAAGGCGGUGGUGCUGACCGCGUGGCAAAGCAGCACGAGAAGGGAAAACUCAUGGCCCGCGAGCGCAUCGAGCUGCUGGUGGACGAGGGAUCCUUUCGUGAGUACGAUAUGCUCAAGUCACAUCGGUGCUUCGACUUCGGCAUGGAGAGGCAGCAAUACCCUGGAGAUGGAGUCAUCACUGGACGUGGUCUGAUCAACGGCCGACUCACGUUUGUCUUCAGUCAAGACUUUACCGUCUUUGGCGGCAGUCUGUCCGAGACGUACGCUGAGAAGAUCGUCAAGAUCAUGAACAAGGCCAUGGAACUGGGAGCACCGCUUAUCGGACUGAAUGACUCGGGCGGGGCUCGUAUCCAGGAAGGUGUGGCGUCACUGGCAGGAUACGCGGAUAUCUUCCAGCUGAAUGUUCUGGCAUCGGGUGUCGUCCCGCAGCUGACAAUGGUCAUGGGGCCGUGUGCUGGAGGAGCUGUGUACUCGCCUGCUAUGACCGACUUCAUUUUCAUGUGCCGUGACUCAUCGUACAUGUUUGUAACGGGUCCUGAUGUGGUCAAGACAGUGACAAACGAAGAAGUGACACAAGAAGAGCUGGGGGGAGCUGCGACACACACAAAGACGUCCGGUGUCGCGCAUUGUGCGUUCGAUAACGACGUCGAGGCGAUUCGUGAAAUGCGCCGCUUUUUCGAUUUCUUGCCAUUGAACAACAAGGAGAAGCCGCCUGUGCGUAAGUCAGACGACGACCGUAACCGUCCUGUGCCUACGCUCGAAAGCAUCGUGCCUCCAGACCCGAACGUGCCUUACAACAUGAAGGACAUCAUCCACCAGGUCGUGGACUCGUUCGACUUUUUCGAGAUCAUGCCCGACUAUGCAAAAAACAUCAUCGUUGGUUUCGGUCGCAUGGAGGGCCGUGUGGUGGGCAUUCUCGCGAAUCAACCAAUGGAGCUUGCUGGCUGCCUGGACAUUAACUCGUCCGUUAAGGGUGCGCGUUUCGUGCGCUUCUGCGAUGCUUUCAACAUUCCCAUUCUGACGCUGGUAGACGUGCCGGGCUUCCUGCCGGGUGUAGAUCAAGAAUACGGUGGAAUCAUUCGUCACGGUGCAAAGCUAUUGUACGCCUACGCCGAGGCGACCGUACCGAAGAUCACGAUCAUUACGCGCAAGGCAUACGGUGGCGCGUACGACGUCAUGAGCUCGAAGCACCUCCGAGGCGACAUCAACUAUGCGUGGCCGUCGGCUGAGAUCGCCGUGAUGGGAGCCAAGGGCGCAGUGGAGAUCAUAUUCCGCGGACAGAACGUGGAGCAGAACACUGCGGACUACGAGGAAAAGUUUGCCAACCCCAUGGUUGCAGCCCAGCGUGGUUUCGUGGAUGACAUCAUCGAGCCUGUCAAUACACGCCGUCACAUCUGUGAAGAUCUAGAGGUGCUGGAGACUAAAGACGUCAAGAACCCAUGGAAGAAGCACGGCAACAUCCCGCUGUAG